CUGCCAAGAUGGCAUUUGCUCUUCGCUUGUUGAUCCUCUUUUGUGGGCUCAGUGCACUGUUGACUGGCGUUUUGUGUCAAACCAAGAAAGGCUACUGUCCAAAAGACUGGACAAGAUUGGGCAAUUACUGUUACAUCUACCAACAUGAUGAGAGAACCUUUGCUGAUUCAGAGAGUGUCUGCAACAUUCUUGGUGGGAGUCUGGCCUCCAUCACAAGUCGUCUUCAAAAUGCAAUUAUUCGAGAAGUGAUUCGGGAAGGAGCUGGAUCGUUCGAGGACACCUGGAUUGGAUAUCAUGACACAAUCGCGGAGAAUGCCUUCAUCUGGACUGAUGGCACACCUAAUAAUUUUGAGGCCUUUGCAAGCGGUCAGCCAGACAACUUCAAUUCAAAUGAAGACUGCGUGGAGUUUGAAGACCUUGAUGAAAUGUGGCAUGAUGACAACUGUGAAGACGAGAAUGCAUUUGUUUGCGCCAAACAAAUUCACCUCGUGAAACACUAAUUAAGCCAUCAUACUCUUCAACACAAUGUCUGACCUGCAAACUGGAUGACAAAACUAAAAUACUUCAGGGAUAGCCUUCUUAUUUCGAGCUUUAUUACAUAGUCUUUCUACAUUGUCUUCUUCUUUUACCCAUUUCAGUGGUUAUUGGUUGCAGUUUGUCGAAAAGAAUUCAAACUCUUGAGGCAUAAAUAAAAAAAUAAAAGAAGCAAU